AUGGUCGAGGUUGUGAAGGUCCCGGUGCUUCUCACAAGCACCACAUCGUGUGUUGGUCGUCUCUACUUACAAGUUUCGAUAGUCUCAGGCACCGACCCACUCGAGUCAAACGACGCAAGACCUGAUGACGAAGCCACUGUCGUGAGGCUUGUCGACGACGUGGAAUUGGCCAAGAGCGGUUUUGACGUGCAGCCCGUCCAUGGUCCUGCUCUGGUCGUCGAGUUGCACGCCGCCUUGCUGACUGUCAGCGACGCAACCUCGGAAGACCAACUCCCGGCCCGGGACGCCGACUCGUCAGACGCCAUCACGGUCUUUGUGAUGAUCUGCGUUACUGUUCCAUUGGUGAUGGUAAUGGUGGCGCAAGGCGAGGUCACCGCCGGAUUGGCCGUGAUCGUGGCGUUGGCCUUUGAUGAACCGGUAGAGACCAACGCGCCCGACGGCUCGCUCGAUCCUGUUCCUGUAGCCACCGUUGGCAGCAGAACUGGUCCUGAGCUCAGACUCGCGCUACUUGCUGCGAGAGUUGAGUUGGAAAUACUGCUCUUAACUGAGCCUGCAGGCGAGCCUGAAGAGGUCGUCGUCUGA